AUUUGUUGGGAAUAUAUCAAGAAGCAAAGCCACAAAUUUGAGGAGGAGCUCGGAAGAAAAUCGCUUCAGCGGUUACAACGCGCAAAAUAUAGAUGUGUGUAUACGUAAUAUUCUUUUUGCAAAUGUUUUUUCAUGAACGGCAUACAUUAUUAGUAUGUGUAUCACCCCCAAGAGAAAAUAAUUUUCUAAGGAAAAUUUGAAAAGUACUUUCCGUCACUGAGAGCUUGUGAAAACAAUUCGUUUUGCAAAUAAAUAUUGUUGACAAUUCAUUUGAUUUUUCAGAGAUAUAGUUGCGAAAUUUUUGCUAAUAAGAAGUUUUUUAAUUUGUAUUGAUGGUAUAGGCGGAAUAAAAAUGGCGACUGCCAGUCGGUUGGUAAAUAGUGUGCAUUACUGUAGAGGCAUUUGUGACCAGGUUAUGGACAUGACAGCAUUAUUUUUAAUAAUAGUUGUCUGAACCACAAAAAACUCGAAAACUUAAGGUUACCUAGGAGAACGGCAUACAUUUUUACAAUCUGUAUGACCUCCUCUGAUGCCCCCCAAAGAAAAAUGUUUCCAAGCCUGGCACAAUCUCGUUAAGUUCCCCUCCAUUUUGUAUAGAAACAGGUAAACAAAUACUAGUUGUCAUGCAGUUUUUAUGUCUCUUGACCCAUUUUUUUUUUUUUCUGAAUUUACCAAAAAAUAUUCACAAUAAUCUAACCAGAACUUAGUGAAAACGAAAGUUUCACAUCAGUCUAUCUGGUGGUGGUCCUCCGAUCACAGUUUAAGUAAAUCGGACAUUGUGAAAAGGAACCUUAAAUUCCGUAAGAUGAAUGAUUCGUUACAGCACAUGUGUAAUAUUUUGCUGGUAUGCACCGUCUUGAAACAAUCGAAUCAAGUCGUAGCCUUGUAAGCUUGGGCUUAUCGAUACAUAUGUCGGAUUACUAGUGAUUAUCACGAUUGUUUUCAUUUUAAAUUUUAUAAAGUAAAAUAAUUAUUUUAUCAAUGCUGACCGUAACAUGGCGUUGGGACUACAAAAGCAAAUAAUUGAAUGCAAUAAAUUAAAGAAGUGCGGCGAAAUUACAACAAUGUUGUCAGAGGGAAAGAAAGAGUUUUUCUUGAACUGCGAAUUUUGUGAUUAUUCAUUUUUGCAGUUAGAAAAUUUCAUGCAGCACAUGUACGAAGACCACAUUAUUGAAAUAAGUCCACCAAAGAUUGAACUCGAGGAUGAGGAAUACAUACGAACGGAUGAAGAAAUGGAGCACUCGGACAUUAGUCUGCAAGAUGGAAAAAAUUUAGAGGAAGUGAAUAAAAGUGAAUUCGACAUGGGAAGUUUUGAAAGAGUUGAAAUCGAGUUGGAUGCAGCGGACAUUGAUAAUAAGGAAGAGGUUAUACCAAAGGAAUUCGUAAGGGAAGACAGCUUGGAAAGUGAGUCCAUUGAUAAAGAUGAAUACUGUUCCGGUAUUUCAGAAGAUGAUUAUGAAGCUCCCGAUGAAAUAAAUGAAGAUGAUUUAUCAGAAAGCUCUUUUUUGCCAUCCGGUAGUCUUAAAAAACAGAGAGCCCUAAACAUUAAUGCGAAGCGAAAAUUUAUUAUAGAACUUAUAGAGGUAUAUCACUCUUGUAGGGCAUUAUGGGAUCCUAAAUGCCGUGAAUAUACAGAUAGAAUGGUUCGAAACCAACAGUAUGAUAUAUUGCUCGCAAAAUAUCAAGAGAAGUAUCCCAAUUCCACUAAAGAUGAUGUUAGGCAAAAAAUAUUUAGAUUGCGCACAACUUUUCGACGCGAAUCCAAAAAAAUAUCAAACGAAAAAUCACCUCUCUACUAUUUUGAGGCAAUGACCUUUUUGUUAGACCAUGAAAAGCGGAAGGAAUAUAACGAACGGCGGGAGUUGGAAAAAUUGGAGAUAUUAGCUACAAUGGAAUUAAUUUCACAGAAAGAAGAAAUAAAAUGUGGAGAAAUUACCACACAAUUUUCAGUGAAUAAACAAGAAUUUUUUCUAAAUUGUGUAUAUUGCUCAUACACAUUCGUAAAAUUGGAAAAUUUUGUGCGGCAUAUGUAUGAAGAUCACUUAUCGGAACUUAAGCUGAGAAAAGAAAGUCAAGCUAACUACGAACAAUUCCAAAACCGUAAAGAUUCUGAGGAAUACGAAGGUGAUCUCUCACAAUUAAAAGAAUUUGAGAGGGUUGAAUUAGGUCUCGACACAGAGGACAGUCAAGAGGAGUUGUAUAAUGAGUGGGCAAUUGCCGAUGAAAAUAGUGAUGCAAAAACAGAUCCAAAAGGAACCUAUGACACUGCAAGUACAAUGGAAGAAGACGAGAAGAUUCAGAAGAAAAUUGAUGUCAAAACGAUAUUCUCAGAUACAAAGAUGCAGGAAAUAUUUUCAAGUUUUGCCCAACAUCAAAACCUUUGGGACAUUAAACUAAAAAAACCGUCAACGAAGGAAAGAGAAAAACUUUUCCAAAAUAUAGCUUCUGAUGUAGGUAUGCCAGAUGAAAUUGAAAGUAUACGGAAGUUAAUAAUAAAACUACGAUAUAAACUACAAACUGAGCUCGUUCGUAGAAAGAUUUAUGAAUCUAACGGACGUGAAUACCUGCCUGCUUGGUAUACAGAUUUAAAAGUAUUCUUGAAGCAAAGACCAUAUAGAACAAAAGAAAAUAAGCUAUUGCAACAACAGCAACCAAAAGUAAAACGAAAGGUCAAAGCAGAAGAGGAAAAUAAUGACAUUUUAUCAACUGCUGCUCUUGCUGAUAUACAUUACAUUACAUUGGCUGAUUUGUAUAAAAAAGUAUCAUGUCUUUGGGACGAAAAUGACAUUAUGUACAGAUUCAGUAAUCGAAGAAGUGAGGCGUUGGAAAAUUUACUUAAAGACUUUAAUUCGAAAUCUGGUUUAUGUUUGUCGCAAUUUGAUUUGGAAUGUGAAAUAUCUAAAUUGCGAAAAAUAUGCUCAAACGAAAAAAAGUUCAAAAUACGUUGCAAACAAAACAAAACGCUUUACAAAUCACAAUGUCCUUUCUAUAAGAGCAUUGAAUUCAUCGAGGUAAAUGUUGCUCCAUUUGAGUGUUCCUUAUGUGAAGAAAUACUUCCUAGUUUAGCGCAAUACAGAACUCAUUUAUCAUCUCACAAUGGCUCUUUACCAUAUAAAUGUUCAAUAUGUGGACGUGAAUUUAAACAAACGAACAAUUUAACUGUACAUUUGCGUAGGCACACUAAAGAAUACUUAUAUAAAUGUCAAGUUUGCGAAAAGCCUUGUGUAACCUCUGGAGAUUUAGGAAUUCAUAUGAGAACACAUACCGGGGACAAACCCUUUUUCUGUGAUGUCUGUGGUAAAAGGUUUCAAACAUCUUCUUUAUUUAGCAUUCACAUGCGUCGUCAUGAAAAUCGACCGCGUUUCCAUUGCGAACUAUGUGAUAAACCUUUUUAUACGAGUUCUACAUUGAAAGAACAUAUGAAUCAACAUUUAAAAAUACGAGAUAAAAUUUGUAACGUCUGCAGCAAGGGAUUUUCAACACGCAAGCAUUUACGACAGCACAAGUUAAUUCAUAGUACAGAAAAAAAAUAUUCCUGUAAAAUUUGUGCAAAACGUUUUGCACAGCAUGCUGGACUCAGUAUUCACAUGAAAUCGCAUGGAACAACAUUAUCUAGCCUUACUGAUCUUCAAUGUGUUGAAAUUCAACCAAAUAAAAAAUAAUUGCUCUAUUUC